GGAACGGCGCAGGCUCGGGAGCCCGGUGAGGUGCCCACCGACAGGAAGCGGGAGAGUUGCUACUAUGGAUGUGACAGCUAUCCUGGUUAAGCCGUGAUGGGCGUUUCGGGACCUAGUAAUCGAGCUGGGGGUCAGAAGAGGAACGUGUCCAGUGAUGAGUCUGUUUUGAUAAAGCCUGGGAUACCCCAUAUAAAAUGGUCUCCCUCUCAUAGAAGCCCCACUUGCUCUGAACCAGUUUAGCCCUAUACUCAUGACUCUUCCUGGGACUGAGAUAUAUUUACCAGGUGGACCAUUACCCACCUGACUUCACCUGGUGGUGUUUUCUAGAAUGCUGAAUGCUGUGCUACAUUCUGGAUUUGGACCGUGAAAUUUUUAUUCUGAUGACCAGUUUUGUUUUUUCUGGCAUCUGUUCUUGUUGAAGAUAGCAGAAAAUGAAGUCUCAGGGGUUAGUAUCAUUCAAAGAUGUGGCUGUGGAUUUCACCCAGGAGGAGUGGCAGCAAUUGGAUCCUGCUCAGAGGACCCUGUAUAGGGAUGUGAUGCUGGAGAACUUCAGCCAUCUGGUCUCAAUGGGAUAUCCAGUUUCCAAACCAGAUGUCAUCUCAAAGUUGGAACAAGGAGAAGAUCCAUGGAUCAUAAAGAGAGAAAUACCAAACUGGAUCUAUCCAGAUGGAAAUCAUGCACAUGAGAGACAAGGAAAGAAGAGUAACCCUCAUAACUUCCAAUCAUAUAUUUUGAAGACUGUUUCCUUCCAUAAUAAGAUACUGAAAGGAGUCACAAAAGAUGGAUCAUUUUACUCCAUAUUAAAAGUCUGCCAACGUGAUAGCCAGCUGCAGAGUUGUCAGGGAAAUCAAGACAAACUUUUCAGGCAAGUCACAUUUGUCAGUAGCAAUAUAACAACUGAGGCAUCGGGUCAUAAAUAUAAUGCAUUUGGAAGAGUAUUUGAUGAGUACAUAGAACAAGAUAUAUCAGAACAAAAACUCCACAAAUAUAAUACAUUUGAAAAGAACUUAAAACCAAAUAUUGGCCUACCAAAUUUUUAUAAGGGUAAUUCAAGAAAAAACCUUAAUGAGAGUUUGGGUUUUGGAAAAUUAUCUAGUCACAGUGUGGCCAAUUCUGAUCUUGAGAGAAUUCACAAUGGGGUAAUACUCUGUGAUGAUGAUCAAUGUGAAAACAUUUUCAGCAAUAAACAAUCCCUUAUCCAAUAUCAGAAUGUUGAAACUAAGGAGAAAACCUGUGUCUGUAUUACAUGUGGAAAAGCAUUUGCUAAGAAGUCACAGCUUAUUGUACAUCAAAGAAUUCAUACUGGAAAGAAACCAUAUGAUUGUGGUGCAUGUGGAAAGGCCUUCAGUGAAAAGUUUCAUCUCAUUGUACACCAGAGAACUCACACUGGGGAGAAACCUUAUGAAUGUUCUGAAUGUGGGAAAGCCUUCUCUCAGAAAUCAUCCCUCAUUAUACAUCAGAGAAUUCACACUGGGGAAAAACCAUAUGAGUGCAGUGAAUGUGGGAAAGCCUUCUCCCAGAAAUCGCCCCUUAUUAUACAUCAGAGAAUUCACACUGGAGAGAAACCUUAUAAAUGUAGAGAAUGUGGGAAAGCAUUUUCCCAAAAGUCACAACUUAUUAUACAUCAUAGAGCUCAUACUGGAGAGAAGCCAUAUGAGUGUACUGAAUGUGGAAAAGCCUUCUGUGAGAAGUCCCACCUCAUUAUACAUAAAAGAAUUCACACUGGUGAGAAACCCUACAAGUGUGCUCAAUGUGAAGAAGCCUUCAGCAGAAAGACAGAACUUAUUACACAUCAGUUAAUUCAUACUGGGGAGAAGCCCUAUGAAUGUACUGAAUGUGGGAAGACUUUCUCCCGGAAGUCACAGCUCAUCAUACACCAGAGAACACAUACUGGAGAGAAACCCUACACGUGUAGUGAAUGUGGUAAAGCCUUCUGUCAGAAAUCACAUCUCAUUGGACAUCAGAGAAUUCACACUGGAGAAAAACCCUAUGUGUGCACUGAAUGUGGGAAAGCCUUCUCUCAGAAGUCUCACCUCCCAGGACAUCAGAGAAUUCAUACAGGGGAGAAACCUUAUAUGUGUGCUGAAUGUGGAAAGGCCUUUUCCCAGAAGUCAGACCUUGUUUUACAUCAGAGAAUCCAUACUGGGGAAAGACCCUAUCAAUGUGUGAUAUGUGGGAAAGCCUUCAUUCAGAAGUCACAACUCACUGUACAUCAGAGAAUUCAUACAGCCAUAAAAUCUUAAUGAACUUACCACAGAAAAGCCUUCAAUAUUAGUUUUAGCCUUAAUAAUAACCAGGAACCUGAUUAACUUGAUGAGUAUGGGACAACAUCUUUAUAGAUAAAAUUUUCCUAGGGAUUAAAUGUUUCUAGUAUGGUGAUGCCUUUUUCAACAAACAUAAUUAUAUAUGGGAAGGCAUUUUUAAUAUGGUGUGAAAAUUUUUUGAAGUUAUGAACUCAUUGAUCAGUAGAAUAAAGUAUGUAUACAGAA